GUCACAUAUCACUUCCUUACACAACUGGUGUAUGCACUGUUUGGGAUUCAAUUUCAACUCGGUAAUUCAAUUAGAGCCUGAAGGAUCUUCCAUAGUGGUGUGUGCGGUCUAAUAUUGCCUAAGGGUCAAGUGGGGAGUUCAAAGAGUGACUGACAGCUGCUGAGUGUGAUGUGAAGGUCAAGGUUAUUUCAAUCAAACAGCUGCCACAGAUGACCAUAAGACUACAGUAAAGGCCUGUAGAGAUCUGUCACAUCAAGUUACAGAAAUUAACUUGGAUAGUCUAGAUGACCACAACAGUAUGGCCAGUGGAGAGGAUAGUCUAGAUGACCACAACAAUAUGGCCAGUGGAGAGGAUAGUCUAGAUGACCACAACAAUAUGGCCAGUGGAGAGGAUAGUCGAGAUGACCACAACAGUCUGGCCAGUGGAGAGGAUAGUCUAGAUGACCACAACAGUCUGGCCAGUGGAGAGGAUAGUCUAGAUGACCACAACAGUCUGGCCAGUGGAGAAGACAUCUCAACAUAUUUUACAGGUACACAUGAAGUACAAGAAUGUCUUGAAGGUCAAGGUGAGGCAGAUCUACACAUACACAAGACAAACUGCGAGAAAAAUCCUGGCCAUACAAACUUUGUACCUGUAAAUCAGUUAAGUCUUGAACAUUUUCCUUCUGGUUUCCAUGACAACGAUGUGUAUGACCUCACAAAAGCCCUGGCUGACCUAACUGUCAGGAUAGCCGUUAAGUUGACCAGUCCAGACAGACCAGAGUUUGUACCAGGCACUAAAGAUCCAUAUCCUUGCUACAACACCAGGGGACAGAACUCACUGAGGACAGGGACUGGGAGGGUGGGGUGGGUGACCAAGUACACAGAGGGGAUGUGGGGCUACAAAACUUGUCCAUGUCCUGAAUGUGACCACUCGGACACACCCAGCAAAGUGUGGUGGGAGGUUAUUGUGAGGACAGCCGCACAUGUGGUUUUUGAUGAGAGUGAGGCGAGACAGUCCAGCUGUAGGUUGUGGUUUGAUGAUGAUAAAAGUCCAGUGGUCAAGAUUUAUGGGUGGAAGGUGAAAUGGUCAGACACUGAGGAAGACAUGUGUGAGUUGUAUUGUGUGACACAUGACGUAGAUGUAGCUGGUAAACUGGAGGAGAUGGUGGGGCGGUUUGAUGGUCUAUGUGAUAAAGUAUGGGACAAAUACAAGAGUUGUAGAGAUGUGGACAAGCUGACCAUUAUAGUGUCACAUCCUCAUGGCUGUUCUAAGCAGGUCUCUGUAGGUCACUGGGUACACAAGCAGGUGGUGGACAGGCAGGUGUUAGAGAAGUAUAGAGAGACCAGGUACACGUACACAACGGCCACCUGUCAAGGUAGCAGUGGGGCUCAGGUUUACAGACUGGGGUUUGGAAUGUCUACCCAUCCCCACAGUGGAGCUAACUCUGGUGGAUUAAAUUAUAGUGGGGUGUACUUGGACGUGUAG